AUGUCAACCGCCAACUCAAUUAUGAAGUUGGUUCACAAAAUUAAAUCCGGUUUCAGUUCAAAGAAAAGUUCUUUGGCAGUAUUUUUUGAUUUUCAAGGAGCCUACGACACAGUUUGGAGAAGCAAACUUCUAACCAAACUUCAAACUUGUGGAAUUUGCAUUAAAUGUUACAGAAGGUUCUUAUCCCAAAGAUGGGCAAAAACAAGAUGGAACGAACAGGAAUCUACCUACAAACAAAGCAAAGUCGGUCUGCCACAAGGAGCAGUAAGCAGCUGUACCCUAUUUAGCAUCUACAUCAACGAUCUGGUAGACAAACUAACAAGUUUAGAUGGUAUUAACGUUUGUAUGUUCGCAGAUGAUGUUGUCAUUUGGACGGAAGCAGAAAACUGCCAAGCAUAUGAAGAUCAAAGGAAUAAUCUUGAAGGUGUUAUGAAUAAAGCUCUCGAGGUCUUGCAGUCUUGGUCCAAAGAGAAUAACAUGAUUAUCAACAAAAAUAAAACCGUUUACCAAUUCUACUCUCUAAGGCGUGUUAAUCCAGACUUUGAUUUGAUAAUAGAUGAUAGUAAGCUUCAAAAAAGCAACCUUACCACAUAUCUAGGUGUAGUACUGGAUAACAAGUUAAGCUUUACCAAUCAUAUCAAUACUGUUAUAGACAAAGUAGAAAAGAGAACUUCAAUUCUGAAAAGACUAGCCGGUGCCAAAUGGGGAAGCUCACAACACACUCUAAAUAAAACCUAUAACACCUAUAUCAAACCAAUUAUCAAAUACGGAAGUGAGGUGUUAAUUUCUAGCGCACAAGGUAAGCUCGACUCUUUGGAAAGAGCCCAAAACAAUGCUCUCCGAAUCAUUACGGGAGCAGUGAAGACAACCCCAAUUAUAGCCCUACAAUACUAUACUUCUAAUCCACCAAUUACCACUGAAAUUAAAAUACAAGCAGUUGGCACUUAUGUUAAAAUGAAAGCCUCCCAUAGAGCGCAAUGGAUGAAUGAAUCAAAACCAAGUUCCAUGAAGACCCAAAUCUCUCCUCUAGAGGUAUGUGAAAAAUUACUGCAUGAUUUCCAAGAAGAUGAGCCAAUUAUCUGUAACAAGAACAUCACAAACCCUCUCAAAUUUAUAGAUGUCAGGCACCAACUAGAUAUCAAUGAUUUGGGUAAGAAAAACAUAUCUGACACAGUACUAAAAACAAAUGCAUUAUGCAUGCUACAAGAGCAAUACCCUGAACCAGAAUGGACGAGAGUGUACACUGACGGCUCAAAAAUACAAGACAGCACCGGAGCAGGAGUACACAGUAAGCUCUUUUCUCACAGCGCCCCUGUGGGAUACUAUAUGUCAAAUUUUGAUGCAGAGAUCUUCGCUAUAUCGAUAGCCCUGGAAAACCUUAAGAAUAAGAUCAAUUACUUCACUAAAGCAGUAAUCCUUGUCGACUCUAAGGCAGCUAUCCAGGCAGUUGCCAUAAACCAUGAUUCAGAUACUCAGACUAUUUCAGAUAUUAGAGAUAAUUUGAUUUUUCUCGAGAAUGCCAACAAAAUUAUUAUGUUCCAGUGGAUCCCUUCGCAUGUAGGAAUCAAUGGCAAUGAAAAGGCAGACCAACUAGCCAAGAAAGGGACACUCGAACCACAAUGUAAUAAACCGAUUCCACCAGACUCCCUUAAAAAACAAUUUUCCGAGAAACUUAAGACCAACCUAAAGCUCAACCAAGCAGUAAAAUCCACUGGAAAACCCUGGGCUAACAUCCAAAACAGUUGGAAGAAAUUUUGUCACAGUCCUCGUAAGAAGGCUGUGGCAAACUUCAGACUCUCAACAGGCCAUGACUGCUUGGCAGAGCACCUCAACAGAAUAGGUAUCCUUCCAUCUAGUGAGUGCCAAAUCUGCAAUUCGGGAACCAUGAACUCAGACCACUUGCUUGUAUGCCCUUUACUGGACAAACAAUCCCAAGAGCUGGGUGAUUUGUGUAAACUUUACUGGGAUGCCAGAGAUCACAUGAACUCUCUGUAAAGACUACUCCUCAUUCUUCACUGUAUAUAGAUAUAUUUUUUCUUACUUUAAUUUUUUCUAUGUGUUCUUUUUGUAUUAAUAUGUGUUUGUCAUGCGUUUUCUUUGCUUGUUAUUGUAAUUUU